CCGGCCCGGCCCCCUAAAGCCUGCCGCCGCCGCUGUCUCCCGUUACCCUCUGCGCCUGCCCUGCCGCGCGGCAGCGCCGGACCGAGCAGCAGCUUCUGCCGCGCCGCAGCGCCCAGCGCGUGAGGAGAGAGAAAGAGGCAGUGUGUGCGGGAGCCAGAAAAAACCCGGCAAAAGCAUCGAAGAAAAGGUGGCACGAGUACGGGAGAUUCGGCAGGCGUGCAGGGGCGCGUAGGGAUAAGAUCGUUCGCAGCGCUCGAGUAGCAGGGCCGACGCGGCCGGCGCGCAAGAACACGCCGGAAACAGCCCAGCCAGCAUCCUCGAACCAUAGACAUUGCAACAUUUCAGCAGCAGCAGCAGCCCGCUUCUGGCACUGAGCCAAAACCGUCCGGCGCCAGCCCAUGCGCCAGGAGCUCCAUAAAAACGCCACAUUUCUCUCGCCGCGCACGCGCCCCGCAGCAGCGUAUGAGCGCUUGCGGCCGGAGGCCAUGGGCGAUGGAGCAGCGGGAGCGGGACAUGAGGCGCCCAGCUGGUCCCAGGGCGCCAAGCGCAGACGCGGCGGCGGCGUGAGGGGGAGCGAGGCGGAGGCGGCAGCGGCGUGGGGCCACCCGCCGCCGCAGGGAGCGGGACCGGGGUCGCGGAUCUACCGCGUGCGGGCGAGCGGGGGGAAGGACCGGCACAGCAAGGUGUACACGGCUAAGGGCAUCCGCGACCGCCGCGUGCGCCUGUCGGUGCCCACCGCCAUCCAGUUCUACGACCUGCAGGACCGGCUCGGCUACGACCAGCCCAGCAAGGCCAUCGAAUGGCUCAUCAACGCCGCCUCCCCCACCAUCGAGAUGCUCCCGGCGCUCGACCCGACCGCCUUCGGCGCCGUCCCCGAGCCGGGCGAGGCGGAUGCCGGCAGGGUGAAGCAGCAGCAGGGGAGCAAGUCCGGGGGCAGCAGCACGUCGGAGACGAGCAAGGGGUCGCAGCUCUCGCUCUCGCGCUCCGACGGCCGCCGGGCCGUCCCCGCCGCGCGGGACUGGGAGGUCACCGUGGCCAGCACCUCGACGCAGGCCGCGUCCUUCACCGAGCUGCUCACCGGGGUGGCGUCGGCCGGCGCCAUUAACGCCGACGAGCACAAGCAGUCCUGGCAGCCGCCGCCCAACGACUCCGCGGCCGCCGCCGACUGCGUCGGCAUCGCGCACCCCGGGAAAGGUGCGCACGGGCUGUCGACGCACGCCUUUUCCGCCCCCACCGCCGUCAAGUUCGGCAAUGCGCCUCCGUUCGGCAUGGUCCCGGCGCAGCCGUUCAACUUCGCCAGUUCCGUCCAGAUGCCUCACUUCGCGCUCUCUCAGUCUCAGGACGCUCUAGCGGCGGCCUCGUCUCCCGCCGGAGACUACAACCUCAACUUCUCGAUGUCCUCAGGUUUCUUGGGUGCCAAUAGGGGGACCCUUCAGUCCAAUUCGCAGCCGAACUUUUCAGGCCACCACCAGCAGCAGCAGCUCCAGAGGCUGGACGGCUCGUUCUUGUUUGGUCACGCCGCGGCGGCGGCGCAUCCUGCAUCCGAGAACCAGCUCACCGCGUCCGCCGCGCUACAGCUGUGGGAUGGCCACCGGCACUCCGGCAUGAAAGAGAAGAGCAAUAACUGAUUGCACAUUCUUCAACGAAACUGAAGACAUCCGGUUGCCGGGUCUUGUUCCAGCAAGAAUUCAUCGGUGGUGCUACAGUUAUCGCGAUGACUGUCCAAUUUCUUUGGAACCAGGUCAUCGUUCAAGUCUGCUUUGGUCAUCACCAACUCUGCUGCCGUUGAUCAAACAAUCCUGUGCCUUUUUUCCCUUUUCCUAGAUGCUGUUGCACAAUUUUUGUGAGAUGAGAGUUUCGAACAAGAGUUGUAAGCAUGCCCCGUAAUCGCGGUUGUAAUCCUUUCCGUUCCUAAGUGUCGGGUAGGGUGCUGAACAGGACUAUUCUGAAAGUUUGGAUGAACAAAUCCAUUGGACAGGCAUUGUGGUCCUUGUAAUUUGCAGUUUGGGUGAUUGGAAAUGCUCUUUGAAGAUUUGGAAA